AUGUGCGUCCAGCAGCCAAUAACGGGAGAGAUUCGGAGAGCAGCGCUCAGCUGGCAGGCAUUUAAAUGGGAGACAGCCCGGCGCUGCUGCAAUGUGUCCUUUGGAUGUGAUACUGCUGGCUCUUCCCAUCCUUGUAUGCAUGGACUGCAUCUCCAGCACCGCACUCCUGUGAGCCAGGGGAGCCUGGGACCAGGCACUAUACACAGGUGAGGGCAAUUAUCACUUCUCCUGGGGGUCCUCACAGUCUGCAUGCAAUGGGGGGCACUGAUUAGCAGGAUGGAAUCAAUGGAUCAUUCUAUCAGGUUAUUACUGCUACAUUGUAUGAUGUGUGUAAGAAAGGCAGGCUGGGGGAAUACUGUCUGUGUAAAUGUAGAGCUAUUGAUACAUGGGUAUAUUUUAGCUAUUUAUCUGUGGUUUUUAACCUUCUGAUUAAUUCAAAUUGCUCUUAUCACUUUAUAAAACACACAGUGCAGUAUAGAUGUAGGUAUAUUUCCCACUGUCUCUCUACAUCUAUCUAUAAUGUAUAUAUUGGGCAACCCAGCACAUCCCAAUAUUUGUGAACACAUUGCAAUAAUUUAACAAAUUUAUUUAGAGCAUCAUUUUGUACUGUGACUGACUGAGUUUAGAAAUGUGUACAAUAAAGUCAGUUACAGAGGAUUUAUCUAUCAAUGAUGUACAUUUCCAUGGCACCUAAUGAUUGCAUGAAUAUAGUGAGCUGAUACUGAAAUGUUUUUUUUUUUUUUUUCUCAUUCAUGGGGUAAAGAGCAAAUGAAUAUUUAAAAUGCGUUUAUGUGUGUGUGUGUGUGUGUGUAUUUGCAUAUGUCUUCCAUCAAAGUUGCAACAUCUCACUAUUGUUUCCAACUGAUAUGUAAAUACCUGAAAUUUAACUACCACUUUGUUGAGUGUCAGUGUACCCAUAUAAUCGUUUGUGAUGAAUUUUAUUGAUCCAACUGUAUAUCUACUUUUGGGCGUGUGUGUGUGUGUGUGUGUGUGUGUGUGUGUAUAUAUGUAUGUAUAUGUAUAUGUGUAUGUGUAUGUAUGUAUAUGUAUAUGUAUAUGUGUAUAUAUAUAUAUAUAUAUAUAUAUAUAUAUGUAUAUAUAAUGUGUAUGUAUAUAUAUAUGUAUGUAUGUGGAUUAUUGACCAACUGGGGAAAAAAUGAGGAAGUUAAAGGAAAAAUAUCUUUAGCAGUUGGAGAGUCUGUGCCAAAUUUAUUUUGGCCUACAUUUUGGAAGUCAGCUGUCAAUUCAGCGAAUAAUGACCCCUAAAAAUUAUCGAAAUGUAAUAUUCUAUACCUAGUUAAAUGUUUCCUAGAAGCUUAAUUAGACUAAGCAACCCUGUACUAGCAGGAUAAAUAAUGCAAAACAUAUGUAAUUAUUUUAGCUGAUACUAUGGAUUAUAUAUCACAACUAAAUUCUGUUUUAACACUAUAUAUAAUUUGAAUAGGGGUAGAUAUUUUGUGUGUAUGUAUGUAUGUGUGUGUAUAUAUAUAUGUAUGUAUAUAUAUAUUCGUGUGUAUGUAGUUCUAAUUCACAAAUAACUUUUAUAGGGACGGACAUCCCUGAAGAGUUUCGCUUGCUUGAAAUGUAAAGGACUGCGUAGCUUUAAAUUUAUGAGGGAGAAUUGUUUGCCCAAUCUGGAUUAUUAGAAAACCGUUAAAGACCAGAAUCUGUAUCUGUAUCUCUUGAGUAUGUUAGUUUUUAAUUAAUGGGGAAUCUAAAACCUGUUUAAAUGGAUAUUCCAAUAUAUGCAUUUGACAUUAUUUUUUUUUUCACACAUUGUAGCGCAUUCAAUAAUAUGAGCGUUUUGGAGAAUUGCAAAUUUGUCAUGAGAAGGACAAAUAUUCCAGCUUGUUAGUUUUGGGUUAAUACUGUCACUUACCUGAUGAAUCCGACAGAACUAGCAGUUCAGUAAAAAAAAGUUCUAUUCAUUUACUGUAGUAUAUUUAAUUUUAAAUGCAUUUACACGUAACACUGUUGACGUAACACGUUAAACAUGUGCGUAUAUAUGUAAAAUAUUACGCCCGUUCCUUUUAGCUGUGUAUGUAUAAUGUAUCUCAGUAUCAGCAGCAGAAUUUUAAAUCAAUACCUGCAAAGUUGAUACAGUGUGACUUAUAAGAAAAUUAUUCAAAUUUUUUUUUUUUUUUAAGUUUAGUGUUUACAAAAAAAAACUAAACAUAAUCACAUAAUCAGUAAAAUAGUGCUUGUGUAUAACAGUGUUUGUUUUCUUUUUGUUUGUUUUUUGUCCUAGCACUUUUUGAGAAUUUAUCAUUUUUUGCAAGGGGGGAAAAAAUGAAUCGUACCUCUCUAUUGUAAAUAAAUAUUAAAAAAAAAUUUUUGUUUAUCAUAUGCAAAGUCAUGUUGUAUGUGUUAUGCUUUACCCCUGCCAACUGGCCUAGAUUUAAAGGAAAAAUCUAGUUUUAUCUCGAAUUCCACUAUCUAUUGUCCAAAAUCUUACACUUCGAUCGUAACUGCAUCAAAUGAGCUGGCAGUCAAAAAGAGUGAAGGGCCCCACAUUGUCCUUCAAUAUUUAUGGCUGCCAACUGAUUUCAUUUAGUUCGAAUAUGAAGCUCAGAUCUGGCGUAGAAUUUCGAAGAGUGAAACGAUCUUGAAAACAUUCCAAUGGUUUCCACGUAGAAAUGUUUAUAGUUUUCCACCAGAAUUCUACGUUUAUUUAUCAUUCUGAAAUGAAAUGCACGUGAGAGGGAGGUUAUUUCUAAAUGCCUUAUUCCUUUGGUUUUGUUUAUUUUCUUAGCCGUAUUUGCCAGCUUUGACUCCGAAUCAACAAUAAAAACCAGUUGAAAUGAGAGUUGUGUAUAUUUAUUCAUUUUUAGUGUCGAAAUAAUAGUUUUCAUUUUUUGUGGACUCCCAAGUAUUAGUAUAGAUAAUGUUUUAAACAAAAAAUUGCACCUGCUGUCCAAUUGUUGACGAAUGAUAAUGUGAUGUAGGACUGAGACAUGCAACUAGUUAAAGGCAUAGGUGUGCGCAAGGGGCGUGUCAUGUGCGCAGGACAGAAUUGCCCCCCCUGUGUACAAAUUAAAUCCAUGUCUGCAAUUUCAUUUCAGUUCGGGUUAGCUCAUUAUCCAAAGGAAGUUAGAAUUGUGAUAAUUGUUUGUUUAUGAAUGUCUUGUUAAUGCGAGAAAAAAAAUAUUUGGUAUUUUCGGAUUCAUUUAUUAAUCUAUAUUGUUGGUUUAUUUUUGUCAAUUUUUCACAAAAAAAGUUAUACUCUUUUUGUUUUAGUUUAAAUACAAAUUUGCCAUUGAUUUCACAUUCAAUAAAUAUUUGCCUUUUUUAUAAAUGUCCUUGUGCUGUGCCUAUUUUUGGUUCUAGGCCAGUGGGACGCCUUUAUAGUGACAUACAGGCAGCCUAGGUCGUCCUUCCUACCUUUGCCAAUUCCUCCAGCCGUCAGUGCUGUGGCUUUGCCAAUUUUAUGACGCAAUGCGCAUGUGCUAAUGAUGUUAUUUUACAUCCAUUUAAAUGGCCCCUCACAUUUUGGGGGUCGUGGCCACACUAUAAAUAGGCUGUUUGUGCUUGGUUCCCUGUCCUGCUGUGGUUUUGUUUUGGUCCCAAUAUUAUGUUUAUAUUUCUAUACGGUCUCUCUGGUUUUGGCUUUGGCUUAUCCUGACUAUUUUCUGCUCUGUAAUCCUUGACUCUGCUUUUUUUUCCUCAUUCUCCCGAUUUCUGGUUCCCAUUCACUUGGCCUGCCUUUGUCCAUUCUCUAUAUAGUUUACAUAAAGCUUGGCCACUCUAAGGACCGGUAUACGUUCUAUUACAUUUUAGGGUUACUCUUUGCGUGUUGGGUCUCAUAAUCAUGACAUAGUUAGAGUAACUAUAUGCUGUAAUGAUCACAUUCUGUAUAUGAUUUUAUAAGGCUAAAUAUAUAUCUGUUCUGUUAGUAAAACCAUUUUCGAAUAAAAAAAUAAAUAAAAAAAUUUGGGGAACGGGUCCGUUCUAGCGGGAGAUCUCAAUGUCCGUUGUACCAUCUUGUUAGUGUUUGUCAACGUUUUGUUAUUCCUCUACAUUGCUAGAGUUGCUAUUGAAAUAUCUGACUUAGAAUUUGCAGAGGUAGAUCGAAUAAUGAUAAGGAGGAAUCUUGGUGUUUGUGAUGAAAAGGUCAGUCCAGUGUCCCAAUGAGACUAGGCAGGUUACAGUAAAUAGACGUUGUCUUGGAGCACCAGGCUCACACAGUCUGGAACUGUAUCUAUCCUAUUCUAGACUGUUCUGAAGGCACUUGUGUCUCAAUUGGUUAUUUUCACAUUGCGAAGGUACCAUUUUUAAAUCCCUUUUUGAAUAGAGAUUAUUUUAUAUAAAUUGUUAGAAUCAUUUGAACACUAUGGUUGGUGAGUAGAUACGCAAAGUUUCUAAUUGUGGAAGUGUCAGAAUUAUAAAUUGCAAUGAAACUCAAGUAAAAAUCUAGAAAGAACAUACUUUAACAGAGUACUAUUUUAAUUCUUUCAGAAGCAAGACAUAUUGGCAAGGAAACUAGGUAAACCAGUUGGAGGUCUGUCUUGUAACUUGGGGGCUCAACACAGGUUUCCCACCCAGAAAUAUAGCCAUUGUCUAUUAUAUGCGAAGUAUUGUUUGAAGUCAAACACAAUUGAAAUUAAAAUGCACUAGCAGAGAUAUAUAGUAGAUAAUUUAAAUAUUUAACUAGGACAAAUCCAAUGGUACUGGAAUAUUAGUCGUCUGCCAAGUGUCUAGGUGAUGAUUAAUGCAAAUUUUGUCUGGGACUUACUAUGUGCAAAUAUAUAUGAAACUAUUUAACAUUAAAUAAAGCAGAGUCUCUGUAAUGCCUGCCUGAGUGCAUUUGUUUCUGUAUUCUAGACUGCUUUAUAAAGACAAAUUCUAUAGAAACUGGCAGUUAAUGGUUUCCUAAUUUAUUUUUUAAAGGGACACUAUAGUCAAAACAACUACAGCUUAAUGUGGUGUCUCUAGCCUGUCCGUGCAGGCAUUUUAAUGUAAAUGAAGUGUUUACAUUGCUGCCUAGUAACACUCAUUCAGACGGCCAGCACAGAUCAAUGCUGCAGUGUGGCAUUCAGCGUCUCGACGAUCCCCAUAGAGGUGCAUUAUUCAAUGCAUCGCUUUGAGGAGAUGCAGAUUGGGGAGGCACAGAAUUUUGCCACGCAUGCUUUCUGAUGGGAAAUCAUUGGAUUGGCUGAGGUUGUCAAAUAUGAGGAUCUCAGUCAUGGAGUGAGACUGGUGUGGUGCUGUAAAAAGGUGAGUAGAGGGGGCUGGACACCCAAACUGUUUUACCACUAUAGUGUCGAGAAUACGUUUGUAUUCCUUUUUAGGUGGGGGAGAGUAACAAAUCAUGGGGCCUGCUUGUAACUUGCAAGCUACACCCGUAGCCGAGGCUGGCCCACAGCACACCGCCACGUACAUUCUUGUGUUACAGAAAGGGUUGUAAUGUGAGGGUUAGAGGGGGGGACUGGGAAUGUAGUCUAGGAAUAGGGGCUGCAGUGGGAAUAUAUGGGUUGUAAUUGGGGGAUAGACUAUAGACUAGUGUGAGGGUUGGGUGGUUAGGUGCUGUAUUUGGGGGAGACAGACUGUAGUGCGGGGGUUGGGUGGUUAUAGGCUGCUGUAAUAGGGGCAGUACCUGUAGGUGCUGUAAUGUGUUGGGGUAUAAGGGCUCUUAUCUGGAAGAACAGGGGCUGUUAUUGGAGAGGUAUGAGCUGCUGGGGGCUGAAGGCUGUAAUGAGGGCAUUGGGGCUGUAGUGGUGGGAUAGAGGCUGAUGAAAAAAUAAAAAGCAAGUUAUUCCCUUCCCUCCCUGUGGCUUACCUUGGGAAAGGAGGGCAGGAUUAUUGUGGUCUUUGGUGGUUCUGUGGGAGAAAUACUUUCUAGCUUGGGGUCCGGUUUAUCUGCUUUUGUGAGCUCUGGUGUUCAGUGUGACGGCAGCACUCUAAACACUGGAGCUCACAGGAGCCAUUCAAAUUUGGGCCCAGCUCCAGCCGGGACAGAGCAAUCUUCAAAUGUAAAGAUGGCCGCUGAGCAUGUGGGGCGCUCACCAUUCGAAAUGGAGUACCAACCUAAGGUUCAGAAUUGGCCUAACUGCAGUGAAAGUUAAUAACUAAAUAAGGUGAUGUUUUAGUCUCUACCAAUAUCCCUAACUUGACUCCUAAGGGUUAGAUUGAAUUGGCAGAUAAAUGUUAAAAUUUGAGUUGCUAUUUAUUAACCAGAUUCAAAGGAUUACUUCAAGAACCAUCACCAUUUCUAGGCCGCUAAUGUCCGUUCUGUGCUUAAAAGGUGUGCGUUGGCGACGGACGACUAGUGACUGCAUGGCCUCACUCCGUGCCACCCCUUUCAUCUCACAGUCUGUCCGUCAUGUCGCACUACCUUCCGCGACUAGCGGUGACAUGACUGAAGGUGGAUGGGUCUGUAGGGAGAUUUAUUUAUAAAAUAUUUUACCAGGAAAAGAUACACGCGCAGGCUUUGCCUAGAGACAAGGCCGGUGCCACCGUUGGGCAAACUAGGCAUUGGCACAGGGCGCUAGCCUGCUGGGGAUAUUUCCUGGUGGGCUCCCCCUGUCUGGUGCCGCAGCACUGGGCGAGAGGCUCUAGAGCCGCCCCCCUCAGCGCUGGGCCGCUCCUCCAGGUGCCUAAAGGUGGGGGCGCCCAGAGGAGCCCUGUCACAGUUUGGGAGAGCAGGCACCUUCUUAUCUUGAUGACAGGUGCCUGCUCUCCCAUCAACUGCCGGUGCCUGGAGGAGAAUGCAAGUGGCGAGGGAGGCUCUUCUUGCAGCUCCUCACUCCUCCCUCGCGCGCCCUCUGUGAUGCCGGGAGCCGUAAAACUAUGACAUUCCAGCCCCGGCAUACUAAACGGCGGGAGGGAGGAGUGCGGAACCCACACUGGAUCCCAGGGAGGUGAGUGUUUGUCUCUGUGUGUGUGUGUGUGUCUGUCAGUGAGUGACAUGAAGGGGUGGAAAAAUGGAUCUUUGCCUAUAGAUUUUAUAUGGAGAUCAUGCUAGCAAAGGUUACUUCUACAAAAAACAAUGUUUAACUAAAAAACUUUUGGGUUGAAGUAAUUCUUUAACACAGGACUGUCACGGUUCCUAAUUUCCUCACCACUGUAAAGUUUAGAUGCUAUUACUGGGGAAAGUGGUACAAUGGGGUAAGUAGAAUGAAGACUUUGAUGUCCAAUGGGAUGUUAUUGCACCAUGAUGGAGAAAUGGCUUUGAGCGUGUGUGUGUUUGUACAGUAGUGACGUAAAUGCACCUAUGCCUACAGCAUUGUACAGGUAAGUAAUUUUUAUUUACAAUGUAAAACUGUUCAGAUUUCUGUAGAAAUAACAUAACUUUCAGUUAAUUUUUGGUUUGUCUGUUGUCAGUUUCUCUUCUAACAGAAUUUACUCCUAGUAAGGGUUAUAUUAAAAGAACAAAUCUACUAUAUUGAUUAGACUCCUGGGAUUUGGGUGCACUCACUGGCGGAACUACUGCAGAUUCAGGGGUCGCAGCUGCGGCCGGCCUGUCAUUCCAGGGGGCCUGGCUGCCCUGUAGAUCCCUGUGACCGGGGUGCCCGCCAGCAUUUUGGUGCGGCCCCGACAGAGCGGUAAAACCGCCGGAGCCACAUUAAAGGAGCCCAUCGAGUGGCCCAAGCUUUUGGGGCCACCCGAUGGCAAUGGAUUUCCUGGGGCCCAGUCAGCACCGCAGCGUUUUAAUAGUGUGACCGGGCUUCCGUGACUAUGUUAGAGCGCUGCACAGGAGGAGAGGAGGAAGUCAGAGUGGGAGCUCUGACUUCCAUCAGCGUGAGGCAGCCACUGGACACCAGGUAAGUCCCAAAGUUAUUUUUUUUUUUUUCUUUUUUUUUUUUUUAACAGUUUGUGUGUGUGAUGGAGAAUGUGUGUAUCUGUUUGUCUUUCUGCAUGUAUGGGGGGGUGGGGACGUAUGGGGGGUGCCCUGGGGCAAUUUUUGCACAGGGGCCCCGUGGUUUCUAGUUACACCUGUGGGUGCAAUUACAUCAUUUUCUAACAACUGAACUCAAGAUGAGUUAAACUAAACUCGCUCAAAUUAUCCCAAAAUUAGAACCAAAACACUCAGGAAUUCCGGAACUACUCCUGAAAACUGAGACCUUUUUCCCUGCUUGCAGCAUAAAUGGCUGGGGAGCACAGAGCUAUAGAUCUUUUUAUUUUAAAGAUCUCUCUAUAUUUAUCGCUUCUAUAAGUAUAUAGAAUAAAGCCAUCAUUAAAUACCAUCUUAAUUACUUUUUUUUUUUUUUUUAUAUUCUUUGCUACAAGUUUUUUUCAUGUAUUUAAACUUGCUGUUUAGUUAGUUUUGUUACAGCUUUAGAACAAGAACUAUAACAAACAGAUUUUUUUUUUUUUUUGUUAAAAUAUUGGUUGUUUUGGGUUUGUCUGGCUAUCUCAUUGGGAUAUCAUCCCUGUUUCAAACCUUUUUUCUUUGUAUAUUUAUUCAAACAUUUUAUUUUUUGGGGGGGCGGGCAGAAGGGGUUAUACUCAUACAAAUAUAGUGUUUUGUUUUCCAUUCUUCUAGGUUAAUGUUAUCUAUUCAUGUAAUAUGUGUACAUAUUGCUCAUCUAGUUUUCACCUGAUUUAGCAACCCAUCACCCGCAUAUCCAGUACUUGUGUAAUUGUAUAUUGUCUGGGAUUAUUUUUUUUUUUUACUAAAGUUAUAUUUUAAUGUGAUUUUACAUAUUUUAGGUAAAGUAGUUUAACUUUUGAUAUUUUCACCUUUAAAUUUUAAAUUCACGUUUAAUUCACCAUUAAUUCUCACUUUAGUGAAUAAGUUGGUGGGAAUUCUUCACAUCUCUACACUGUUUUGUGAAUAAAGUUCUGUGCACCAAGCAGCAAGGCCACAGUCCACAGCUUGACUCUAACUUGGGAAGAGAGAGCUCAAAUAACUAACAAAAUCGAGAUCUGGUCUCCAGAACUGAGCAUUCCAUCUGCUUGACUGACAGCUGUGAGGGGCUGGCUUGGAGCUGCAGUGCAGUGAAAUGCAAAAAUAGUUCUCUAAAUACAGAGUAAAGUAAGUUGUAAUAAAACCCUAUCACAUUUUCAGACAUUCCAUACUUGAUACAGGUUUUCACGGACACCACCAUUUAAUGGCAAGCUCCACCUACAUAUUAAAUAAGUCUAGUUCUACUCCUCGCUCACUUGACUUGUCUGGAAUGAAGACACUAGGUGAUCAACACAACUUCAGCUUAAUGAAGCAGUUUUUGUGUAUAAAUCUUGUCUCUGAACUUUUACUGCCAUUUAGAAGUUUUAUUAUUAUUAUUAUUAUUUUUAUUUUUUAUUUUUCUGCGGCCCUAGGCAGUAGGCACUCAUCCCCAGGCUGUGACUGACAGCCUGCAUGGGGGAAAAAAAGUUUUUUUUACUUUCAAUCAGAUUUUACUUACUUUAAAAAUAUAUAUCUCCUUCUCUGUAAAUUGAAUAUUUACACCUACAAGUGUGUAUGUGUCAUAUAACUAUAAUAUAUAUAUAUAUAUAUAUAUAUAUAUAUAUAUAUAUAUAUAUAAACAAAACCAAGAGAUUCUGUAUUUUGUGUAUAUAUAUAUAUAUACUUGAACGCAUAUACCGGUGUUUACUUUAAAUUUCUCGCUGUUACUAUGUUUUAAUUUUUAUUGCAUGGUUGGAUUCUGCUCCUUGUAGACUAGUCCUUUCUAAUGGGGCAAAGCUGGCAUGGUUAAAUGGCGGUAAUGCAAUUUGCAUCGCUGGUGAUAAUGUGUUGGCAUGGUUUGCGUAUGUGCCAGCAUCAAGUGUCUCGAAUGCACGGUUGCAAAUAAAUUCUUAUAUGGGAAUAUAUACCCUGCAAAGGCUUUGUGCACGCUGUUAAAGUGUGAGAUAAGAAAUUCUAAAUUAAACAGAAUGUGCAUUAAAGGAAGUUUAAACAUCAGAUCUUUCUUUACAGAUAGUGUGGGUCACAGCCAGGGGAGGUGUGGCUAGGGCUGGAUAAACAGAAACAAAAUUGAUUUAACGCCUAGAUGUUAGAUAAUUGAGCAGUGAGACUGCAUUGUCAUGUUUUACCCACCAAAACUACUUCAUUAGGCUAAAGUUGUUUUGAUGCCUAUAGUAUCUCUUUAAUGACGAAAAUUGUGCUAUUCUUCGUAGGAUUCUCUGGUGUCUCCAGUAAUCUGUUAAUGGGGAAAUAAUACAGGACUCUGAAAUAGUGAUCUCAAACUGGGAAUAAUUUCUUGUAAUCUUGUUGUGAGUAUAGAUAAGAUAGUAUUACCAUAAUUUUGUCUGAGGGCCCCUUUUAUCUGGAUUGCAAGGUACCGCUUUGUAUUGACAGACUGCAUUGUACUGGCAGGAGUGAUUAUACAUUGCGAUUAAUGUUUAUUUUAUUUGGAAAGGUUUGGGUCAUUGUUACGUUGUUGGAUUCCAAUGUAAAUAGCAGCUUUAAACUCUCGAUAUCUGAGUGAAAUUAUCCACGAAUUAAACCACUUUGAUUACACACAGGCUGAAAGCAUUUCUCUAAUUGUAUGACCUCAGAAAGAUAUUCUCCAACAGACAGAGUUGAUUGAAGGCUGAAGUACCAAAGCGAUAUAAUAGUUGCGCAACUGGGAUUAUUUGCCUUUUUUUUUUUUUUCCUCUAUUGGCCCUGGCUGUUUCCAGAUUUUCAAAUGACCAUGAGUGACAAAAAAUAAAUAGAUUCUUCACCAACUAAUAUUCUACCCACUGAGUUGUUCUAGUGCUCUGUUCCUUCCUGCAGAUUUCAAAAUACAGGACAGGUCCAUGGGAUGUACAUUAGCAGGCAGUAUAUAAAAAUUGCAGGACCAUCCAAGCAAUUCGGAAAUAUUGACAAUAUGCUCACAAUUCUCAUUAUACAUGCACAUAAACUUGCCUCUCAAUAUACCCCGAUUAGCAGGACACUUGUAAGACUCCAACAACUUUUUGUUUAUCUGAAAACCAAGACGAUGACUAAAUGGAAAAUGGAUAUAAUCAUUACUGAGGCAUGCCUCCCAACUGUCCCGAUUCAGCCUGGACAGUCCUGAUGUUUGGGUUCUGUUCUGCUUUUGAGGACACAAGGGAACUGUCCCCAAACAAGCAUAGCAUGAGAGCCAGUGCUGUACCUAGGGUAUGGCUGACAUGGCACGUGACCCGUGGCGCCACUUGACAGGGACUCCACAUCAGAGGCAGAUGGAGCUCUGUUCGUGCCCCCCUUGAGCUGGCAGGGAGAUCAAAAGAUCUCCACGCAUGCGCUUUAAGAAUGAUCCCUUCAUGGUGGUCUGUGGUUCCUUGCGUUUGCCGGGGCUCUGUGAGGUCAGAGUGUAGGUGCAGGGAUUUCCAGUCGUGCUUUGACUUCUUGAUAGAGUGCCAGGGUGGAAGACCUGCGGCUGCACCAGCAGGGAAUGUAUCGGUGUUCCCCUUUCUUCCCCCUUCCCAUACAUUAUCAACCUGUCACAUUCACUGACACCCAACCUUGUUACUGUAACUCACCGUCUCAACUCUUUCACUCUGCCACACUAACCCCGUAACUCUUGCCUCCUCCCCCUGCUACACUCACACAAACUCACCCUAUCUCACAACCUCACUCCCCCAAAACAUUGUCACUGCCACACACGACACCAUAGACACCACUCACAAAAGCCACAAACCCCCCCUCCCCCCCCCCCUUGUAAAUAACUACAGCACAAGCACAGCAAAACAGACAGGCAUUUACACACAAGGAUACUCUGUACACAUUUCUGACUGAGUGUGUCUGUGUAUGUGCCCCCCACACACGGACAUAAUGCUAGACACAUACAUAUUCAGCCCCCCAAACAGCCUCCUCCAAACACUCUCACACACAAUAUAUAGGGCCCAAUCCGGCACUCUACCUAGGGUCCUGUACAGUCGUAUUCUAUUAUUGGACUUGGGCAUUGUAGCUGGCACCCUGAGGUUUCCACCUACAGGAGGUGCAAACUUCCAUAAUGUCUUCCUUGCAAUCAGGGACUCAGAACCCCCAACAGACCUCGGCAGAGAUCACCAGGAGUUCUAAUCCCUCCAUGGGACCACCAGGGAUUAUAGCCCCCUCUUUCUUAAAGAAAGCCAAGCAGGAAGGAGCUUCACAGAGCACAACCACACACAUUCUAUAUGCUGCCAGCACACAGAUCCAAGGCCAGAUUAACAUAGGGGCUGAUGGAGCUGCAGCUCCAGGCCCAGGCCCAUGGAAUAAGCCAAUUUAAAAAUAAUAAUAAUAAUAUAUUGUUUGGUUUUUUUUUAGCCACCUGACUGGUAUUUUACCAGCACAACCUGUAUUUGAGACUGCCUGGCUGUGCCAGUAUUGCAGUAAUACCGGCAAUACAAAUGCAGAAAUUUUUCUCAGUAUAAAUGGAGAUUACAAUGCAAUACCAGCACCGGCCAAUAGGGGUCACUGUGUGUGGAGAGAGGCAGAAAUAGGAAGUUACUCCCUGCGCCUCUCUACUCACUGACCCACGGGGGCGCAGCACAGAUAGUUCAGACCGCAGCUCCCAGCCUGCAGACACAAACUACAGCUCAGGGAAGUGAGGGAUGGCAUAAAAGCUGAAAGAUGGGGAGGCGAAAGGCAGCAGGGAUACAUGGGGAUGCUGAGA